UUCCUUGACAAGCCGGAAAAAGGCUUUUGUGAAACUGGCAGCUGUAUCCAACCUUCAGAAAAAGCCGGCUCUUCGUUUCACGAUUUCUUUAAAUAUAUAUAUUAUUAGGGGUUUCUAUAUGGCUAUGAAAGGGAUGAAAUUUUGCACUGUGUGCUGCGUAAUCCUCUGGGUUAUCACUACAGUCUCUGCCGGGCGAGAUUUUUACAAGAUCCUAGGAGUGAGCAAGAGUGCAUCAGUUAGGGACAUCAAGAAAGCCUACAGGAAGCUAGCCCUUCAGUUACACCCCGACAGGAACCAAGACGACCCCAAAGCUCAGGAUAAAUUCGCCGACCUGGGUGCAGCCUAUGAAGUCCUGUCAGAUGACGAGAAACGCAAACAAUAUGAUGCUUACGGAGAAGAUGGACUGAAAGAAGGCCACCACAGUUCUCACAAUGAUAUCUUCUCCAGUUUCUUCGGCGACUUUGGUUUCAUGUUCGGAGGCAAUCGACAGCAGCAGGACCGAAACAUCCCCAGAGGAAAUGAUAUUGUUCUUGACUUGGAGGUCACACUUGAAGAAGUAUACUCCGGGAAUUUUGUUGAGGUAGUGCGAAAUAAACCAGUAGCCAAAGAGGCACCCGGAAAAAGGAAGUGCAACUGUCGACCAGAGAUGAGAACGACGCAGCUCGGCCCGGGCCGAUUCCAGAUGACCCAAGAGAUGGUGUGUGAUGAAUGUCCCAACGUCAAGCUGGUGAACGAAGAGAGAACACUGGAGGUGGAAAUUGAACAAGGGGUGAGAGAUGAGAUGGAGUACCCAUUUAUUGGGGAAGGGGAGCCUCACAUUGAUGGAGAACCCGGAGAUCUGCGCUUCCGCAUCAAAGUGUUAAAGCAUGCCGUGUUUGAGCGUAGAGGAGAUGAUCUGUACACCAAUGUCACCAUCUCCCUCGUGGAGGCGCUAGUAGGCUUUGAAAUGGACAUUGUUCAUUUGGAUGGUCACAAGGUGCACAUUAUUCGGGACAAAAUAACCAAGCCUGGGGCCAGGAUGUGGAAGAAAGGCGAGGGCCUGCCCAACUUCGAAAACAUCAACAAUCACGGGUCGCUUAUCAUCACCUUUGACGUGGAGUUCCCUCAAACACAGUUGGAUGAAAAUCAGAAAUCUGGUGUUCGUAACCUGUUGAAGCAAGGCUCCAUACAGAAGGUGUACAAUGGACUACAAGGCUACUAGCGUUUGUGACUCCAGGCUGCUUGGACUGACUUGUAUGUGACAAACAACAUGCAAAUAACUAAAACAGCAGCAGCAACAACAGGAUGAGCGUGACCUGCACUACUUCUGGACACAGUCUAUAUUUGUUUUGUUUCCCCGACUCAGGAUGCUUUGAAUUUAUGUUGUCACAUUUAAAUAUUGUUUUGUGACCUUUUUUUUUUUUUUUUUUUUUUUUUUUUAAAUUGAAACCGUAUUGUCAGGUUUAUUUGCAUUUAUAGGCUGUAUGAAAGAAGUGGCUGCCAGCGUCUGUUUGUUUUUGUAAUAAAUCAAACAAGUCCCGCAGGGACUUGAAGAUCUUUUUACAAAUUGACAUUAUUGUUGGAGCUAGUAGAGGUUUUAAGGGGCAUUGGGUUUCUCAGAGGCCUCAAAGGCUCUGUCUUUUACAUGGGAUUUGUUUUCCAAUCACAUUGAGCAUGCUGUUGGAGAACCAGCGCACUUGUGAACAAUAUAGAUAAUAUAAAUUGUAAAGUAUCUUGCACUGCUAAUGGUGCUUCUUUUGACUUCCACAUUGAAAUUCUUCACGACUGGAAAAAAACGUUCAAGAUGCAAUUUGUUUUCUCAUGGUUUAAUAUUUUUAAUUCUUUUCUGUUUUAAAAAAGUGAAAUGCUGCCUCCAAAUGUGAAUUAAAAGUUUUUCUU